CACCUUCAUCUCACUGGGUUUGGUUUCUCUCCAGGAGCUGAACAACCGCUGGCGCUCGCUGCAACAGCUGGCUGAAGACCGGAGCAACAUGCUGGGCAGCGCCCAUGAGGUGCAGCGCUUCCACAGAGACGCUGAUGAGACCAAAGAGUGGAUCGAGGAGAAGAACCAGGCCCUGAACACAGACAACUACGGCCACCACCUGGCCAGCGUUCAGGCUCUGCAGCGUGAACAUGAAGGCUUUGAGCAUGACCUGGCAGCUCUGGGUGAUAAGGUCUGCUUCCUGAUCGGUACCAGGACCCGAGUUGUCUCUGGAGACACGUUCUUCAUGGUUCUGGUGACUCCACCCCAGCCGUUCCUGAUCAGCGAUCAGCGGGGUGCUUUCCUAUUUAAGGUGGAUGGAGGACACAAUUUGACGCCAGAAGAUUGCCUCAGUUUUGGAUUCCUGUCGACCUCAUUGGAUACUGACCUCUACUCCAGGAUUUGGAUAUUCAGCACACGGACCUUAUCACCACCCUCCAUAACCCACCUCUCAUCUCACCCAGUGCCCCAUCCACCAGGACGCCCCGCUUCUCUCCACCUCUGCUCCCUCUCCUGCGCUUCCCCCGGCUCUCUACCUCUCCCUCCUCCAGCCAACACAUACACCCACCACAAUGCUGAGCUGUUGUUGCAGUUCCAACCACAGACUUAUCUGUGCACCUUAAGUUCCUCCUUAUAAAUCAUUUUUUCCAUCAGUUUUUGGUCAGUGUUGUAUUCUGCAUGUCUUGGGUUAAGUACCUUCCUCCAAACAUGACACUCCUCUUCAAAGAGCAAAUCUGUUCAGCACAUUCUGACAGACAGACCACCAUUCUUCUGUCAUGAUGCUGUACAGGACAUUUUUAGAGUUUUUCUUUUUAAAGAUAAAUAGGAUUACAUUUAAAUAGCAAUACUUUCACAUUAUCAUUUUCCCACACUUCUGUAUAACUGUAUUUUGUUGUUUUUCAAUAAAGAAUGACAAAUUA